UCCAAAAUGAACCCUAAAUUGAUAGCGUUUGUUUGUGCUCUGCUCCACCUCGGCACCUUGACCCAUGUCCUUUCGGCCGCGAGCACAGUGCGUCCCUACAAGUUCGGCUUCACCAUCGACGAGCAGCAGCAUCGGGCGGAGAAGAGAGAUGAACGCGGCAUUAUCAUGGGCGAGUUUGGGUUCAUCACCGCCGAUGGAAUCUAUCACGUGACGGUUUACGCCACCGACGAGGAGGGCAAAUUCCGGAUAAUCUCCAUGAAGAGCUAUCCCUACGCGGGUCCAGUUGGUCCAAAAAGUGUUCCUGUGACAACGACCCCGAAGGUCCUGCUCUCCUCAGCUCCUGUGGCUCUGCCCAAGUACAACUUCAACACGGAGGCCUGCUCCGGUUGCUUCCUGAAUAAGUCCCCUCCCAAGACGGAGAUUCGCACACUUUCGCAGCCAUUGGCUCCAGUUCAACCAGGUUCAGCAACCGCCGCAGGAGUUUCUGGAGUGGCAGCGAAUGCACCAACCGGAAGUGUCUCCUCCAACGGUGGAGGUAGUCUCGGUGCAGGAGGUCCAGGCGGAAGAAUUGGUUCUGGAAGCGGCCUUGGAGGAGCGUCUGCUGGAGGCAAAGCUUCAGGAAUUGGCGGUGGAAUUGGAUCUGGAAGCGGACUUGGUGGAGUUGCUCCUGGAAGCAAAGCUUCUGGAUUCGGUGGAGGAAUCGGGUCUGGCGUUGGAAGUGCAUCAAGUGCAGCGGGUGAUCUGUACAAAUUCAAGUACGUCCUGGACUACAAUGGACACGAGGAGACCGGUGGACGCAAUGGUGACAAACAGGGUAGCUACUUCGCAAUCGGCGAGGAUGCAGUGCAGCGGACCAUUGAGUACAUUGCGAACGAGUUCGGAUUCCAGCCCCACGUCAGCUGGCGGAAAUUGGACGCCAAGGAGGCGCUGCCCAAGGAGAAUUCGCUGAAGCACUACGAGUUCAAAUGGUUUAAUCAGGAAUAG